AUGGAGGCUGUGGAGGGUCCUGAGGAAGACAUAAUCCCAGCCCUUAAGGGGUGGGGUUAUUAUUAUAAUGGAAAUUGUCGACGGUCGCCGUUGGUUGCUGACUUGCAGUGCCGGCGUUCAAUGAAGAAGAAGAAGACCAUUUCAAAGUUUUAUAAAUUUCAAUUAAUCCCUCAUUUUUCCCUUCCCCUCAAAUGUCAAGGGCUGGUUCCGUCACUGUCUACCCGGAUCCGUCAAGAUUUGAUCCGUCGUGAUUCGAGGAAGGAACAAAGAACACCUUUCAGUUUUGUGGCGUUUGGAGGAGGAGCCAGAAGUUGUCCUGGGAAUGAAUUUGCAAGGAUGGAGACCCUAGUUAUGAUGCAUUACUUGUCUUACGUGUUCAAUGGAAGCUCUCUUGUGAAGAUCAUGAUUCCUUCAGCAGAGAUCCAUUUCGAAUCUUCAAUCAAGGACUAUACCCAUAGAAUCGUCCCCAAGUCAUCUUGUGUUCGAUUUGGACAAUUGCGGAUCAAAUUAAUAAUCUACGUAUAUAUAGUAAAGAAAAGAAAGGGGUUCUGUAACUUCAUUUCCACUCUUACGUAG